AUGUACCGAGCCACGCCUUACCUCCAUGGCUUUCGAAGGAUCGAAUACGAGAAAUUGGUAAGGGCUAUCAUGCGAGUGCUUUUACUAGAAGGAAGAUGCUUCACUGAUGAUUUCAGACCAGAAGAUGAGAGACGUCGAUGCAGUUCUUUAAUAGAGCUGCUGGAGCGAGAGUCCCAAUCUCAAGAUUUCCUGGAAGCGAUCGGCUAUUGUCUGAUGGAGGUGGCUGGGGGAGGAAGUAUGGAGGCUGCUGUAAUCCUUCUACAGUACGGAGCAAACCCUAAUUAUGAGGGCGAAUUGCCCGGCAGUCCACUGCAUGCAGCAGUUCUGAGUAACAGACCAAAUAUGGUGAAAUUGCUCGUCGAGCACAAUGCUGACAUUGAAAGAAGAAACACGUGCCAUGAGGACAGCCCAUUGGAUCUUGCCAGUCGGGACCCGGACUGUUUUCCCUGCCUGCUUACCUUGCUUGAGCUGGGUGCCAACGUGAAUGCAAGAAAUACACGAGGAUACACUGCUUUGCUUAAUGCCUUGGAAAAUUACGAUUGCCCAGACAUGAACAACCCAGAGAACAUACAGCUUCUCCUUCAGAGAGGUGCUGAUGUCAACGCUGCUACUGAAGAUGGCCAAACAGUUCAAUCCGUGUUGGUCAUCCGGUUCCAGCAGGCGCUUGACGGCAGUGCCGAGGCUGCCGAGACGGGGAAAUUCUGCCUGGAAAUCACACAGUUACUGCUGGCCUAUGGUAUGGACCCCAGCCGAGUUGACGAUGACGGCGAGUCCUCCCUGACCCAAACAAGCCUGAAGUACUUUGAGCAGCUUUUCCCCCUGGCUGUGCUCAUAAUCCAGAGCGGAGCCACUUUGUUUUCUGCCGACAGUGACUCCGACUGGCAAGCUCCCACAAUUAUUCUCCAGGGGCUUCAGUCAGCCUUGCGGCACUGCUCAGAUCCGAAUUAUGCCUCUGAGCUCCUUGAGAAAGCUGAGUUUUUGUUGGAGCUAGCGAAAGUGAACUACCCCAGAGUGAGCCUGCAUCCCAUCUUGGGGGCGCUUUCGUUUGGACAAGACCCUCACCCAUAUGCUCCAGCUAUUCAAAAUGUAUAUGCAAGAUCCUCUCAAGCGCAUUUUCAAGAUACUCUCAAGCGCAUUUGCAGGGCAUUUAUUAGGGGCCACCUCCAACCGUGGCCACUAGAAGAGAGAAUCAAUGCUUUGCCAUUACCAAACACACUGAAAGGAUUCCUUCUUUCUGGGCACACAUAUAAGCCAAAGCCUGGUUGGGACUGUUUUAAGCCCAAGUUUUAAGCAAGACCUAGAAAAACAAAACUGGACCGAGGUCUACUCAAACGAAGACCCAAAUACAGCGUUUUAUGUACAUCAGUCUACCAUAAUCU